AUCCUCACCCCCGCCUUCCCGUCGCCUGCCCCCCGUCUCGCUCCCUCACUCGUCGGCCACGGAGCGCAGCGCAGCCGCGAUGAAUACUGCCGACGACUUCGACGACCUCUCACGCGCAUGCUUCACGAUCCCGUGCGGACCCGUGCCGACGCAGGCCGCAUCGUCCAGCAGCGCCUCCGCCUCGCUGCCAGCGGGAGCUUUCCCAUGUCUGUCCGGCUAUGAGACCUCGCCACUGCCGGCACAGCUGCGGCGACAGGCGCAUGCACUGGCUGCCGCCGCGCUGGAUGCAGCACUCGAGCGCACACUCGACGCUCUGUAUGCGCCGCUUCUGGCCGGGCUCAAGACAUGGGCUGCGCCAGCAGCCGAGACGUUCUGGCUGCCCGGCGCAGCGCCGCUGCCGGCUGCUGCGCUGCUCGGUAGCGCACGGCAUGCCUCUCUCCCCGCACGCUUGAGCACGGCGCUGCUCGGCAAGAGCAAAAACAACGUCUUCGUCGAGCUGGCUGCAAGCGAGUACGACUCGCUGCACUCGGCACAGAGCCUGUUGCUGCGCCGCGCUCGGCGAGACAUCACGCUGCGGCGCAACGAGAGCGUCGCUCAGGGGAAGCGCAAGGAGGAGGGAAUCGAUGACCUGCUGCAGCUCGGCAUCGAGACGCUCUUCGUCUCUCUACCUGCGCUGCCCUCGCAUCCGCCAGCUGCGCUACAAGAUCUUCUCACGUCGCUGGCGUCCGCUUCGCGCGGCUCAGGCACACGCGUCUGCCUGCUCUUCUGGCUGCCCUCGGCUCCUGCACUGUCGCAACGCGGCUCGACGAAGGCGAGCGGCAUCGGCAGCCUGGGUGAGGCGCUCCCCCUGCCGGCUGCUGUGCGCAAGCUGUGCGAGAUCCAGUCGUUCACCCUGCCGACGACGAGUGAGACGUGGGACAGCAUCACGCUGCAGCUGCACAUGAACAAGCAUCACGUCCCGCCAAUAUGGCUGGGUCCGACGCUGUGGGAGCAGAUCGAGCGAGGCUUCCACGACGUUGACGGCCGCGUCGAGAGCGUCUGGCGGGCUCUGCAGCUUGCUGUCUUGGAUCACUUUUCGGCCGAUCCGUUCUCAACUCUGCUCUGUAAAAGCAUCCCGCCAGCCGACGCCUUCACGCCUUCAUUCUAUGCUCGGCUGCGCCAGCUACUCCUCAGCGCUGUGGAGAGCCACGGACGCGUGCCGCCGCGGCCAAGCUCUGCGGUAGACUUGCAUCCUCGCGCACACUUCGAGCUGCUGCUCACUUCGGACGAGCAUUUGCUGGCGACGAUGAGCGAGGUAGCUCAGGCGCAGAGAAGCGCGACGCGCACCCGUAAUCUCGGUCUACAAGCUAUCGCAGCGCUGGACUCGAAGCUCGAGCUCGGGCAGGCCGCUCGUCCGAGGCCUGGACAGCUCUGGAGCGCUCUGCUGAGCGGCAGCAUCGCCAGUCUCAUCUCAACAUUGUGCUCUGCCCUGCAUGCCGCCCCUCUCGCGCGGCUGCUCUCGGCGCUGGACGAGCUGGAUGGCCUGAUCCAUCGCGAGCAUGGCCCGGCAUGGCUUUCGCAAGAGGCAAAGGAGUGGCAGGCCAAGCUGGGCGAGCAAAAGGACGAGGCGAUGGACGUUGAUGGCGAAGAGGGGCGCGUUGAGCGCGUUCAUCGCCAGCUCGUACGCGAAGAGAGCCUUUCGGACGCCAAGAAGGAGCUCGUGGCUUGGCUCCGACGCUCGUUGCACACCCUGUGUGUUGCCCCACACGAGCUGGCGUUCGCUGAGAUCUUCGUAUACGACGAUGCAGGCGCCAUCGCCUCGCUGCUUGAGCCGGCGCCUCGGGCGAUCUUGCUCGCGGCACUCAAUGAUCCGUGGGCGUUUCUCGAGUCCGGCCUCUCUUCAGCGGACGACGCGCAGGAUGACGAGGACGAGGAUCGCGCUGCCCUGCAAAGAGCGCAGGCUGUCGCAGACGUGCCCGACGUCUGUCGCGCUUACGUGCUGUACCGCGAUGCCGGCCGGCUGCUGAACCUGGCAGACUGGUACAAUGCCUUCGCGCAGGGCAUCGAGGCACAAGCGCGGCAGCGCGACGGCGCACACGCCGAGGUCGACGAGGACGAGACGCAGGCGCGCUUCGCACAGAGCGUCUCGGAGCUGGCGGCGCUCGGCUUUCUGCGGCGCACAGGACGCAAGCCGGAGCACGUCAGCAAGACGGUCUUCGAUCUGCCGCCGAGCAAAGUCAAGGCCAAGGCUGGCGGCGCUGCGAAGUCACGCGAGGCCUCUGUGCAUGCCUGAUGGAGAAUGUCACCAUUUCGAGAGAGC